AUGUUGAAAAUUCGUCCUUGUUCAAAUAUAAUUCAUCAUUAUCAAUUGCGAUCAUCUUCAGUUUCUAUUAAUCGUUUAACAAAUGAUGAAAUUAGUGCUCAUCGUCUUCGUGUAUAUGCUAAAGAACGUCAAACUCAAAUGGAACGUAUUCGUCGUGUAGAAAAAAUCGAAGUUGAUGUUCAUGAUCCAAUUCAAUCAAAAAAAUUAUUGAUGAAUAAAAAUUUAUCAACACCAUAUAAUUGUGCUCAACAUUUAUCGUCAGUUUUAGUUGAUCGAUCAUGUUUAGCUUUAAUUGAUGAUAAAUAUAUAUGGGAUAUUAAUCGUCCAUUAGAACGUGAUUGUACAUUAAAAUUUCUUCAUUUUAUGGAAGAUAAAUGUCAAGAACAAAAUCGUGCUUAUUGGAGAACAUGUUCAUUUAUUAUUGGAUAUAUACUUCAAACAGCUUUUAAAUCAAAUAAUUAUCUUGAACUUUGUUCAUUUCCACCACCACAAUUUCAGUUUGGAUCAUUUGUUUAUGAUGCUAAACUUAAUCUAGGAGAUUGGCAACCUAAUCGUGAUGAUCUUCGUUGUUUAUCAAUUCAAGCAUAUAAAUUACGUGAUCUUAAUCUUCGUUUUGAAUCUUUAAAUAUAAGUAAAAGAGUAGCUGAAGAAAUGUUUUCAUACGAUAGAUAUAAACUUGCUCAAAUACCUCAUAUGCUUCGUUUAAUAUCACCUGAUGAUAAUCAACCUCGUUUAACUGUUUAUAAAAUGGGUGAUUGUCAUGUUGAUAUAACUCGUGGACCAUUAAUAUCAUCAACAAAACAAAUCGGAAGAUUUGAAUUUAGUGCUAUUCAUCAGAUUGAUGUUCCAUCAUAUGGUGAACAAAUGCAACGUGUUCAAGCACUUUCAAUUCCUAAUCAACUUCAUUUACAUUAUUGGACAUUUGAUUAUUUAUUAGAACGAGCAAAAAAACUAAAUCGAUCAUCAAUACCAUCUUUACCUAAAAUAAAUUCACCACUAUCGAAAAUAGAACAAGUUCAAUAG